UCGAGGCUAUUAAGGAGGAAAAACACAGCUGAUUUUUCUCAUGCUACUUGGUCAGUCGGUUGUUGACAAGUGGUAGAAAAAUGUCGGAGCCCAGCAAGCAUGACAUCUCUGCCAUUUUUAAGCGACUACGCGCCAUCCCUACGAAUAAGGCUUGCUUCGACUGCUCAGCUAAAAAUCCUAGUUGGGCGAGCAUCACGUAUGGUGUGUUCCUAUGUAUAGAUUGCUCAGGGACACACAGGUCCCUGGGGGUGCACCUGUCCUUUAUCAGGUCCACUGAGCUGGACUCUAACUGGUCCUGGUUCCAGCUGAGAUGUAUGCAAGUGGGAGGCAAUGCCAGUGCGAUUGCAUUUUUCAGCCAGCAUGGCUGCACAGUCAACGCUGCCAAUGCCAAGUACAACAGCCGAGCUGCCCAGCUGUACAGAGAGAAGAUCAAGACUUUAGCCACGCAAGCCACCAGGCGCCAUGGCACUGAGUUGUGGCUCGACAGCCAGGGCCCUCUCUCCCCGACAUCACCAGACAACAAGCAGGUGGAUUUCUUCAGCAUGCAUUCACAGACAGAGCCUGAAAAUCUGAACAUGGCCCAAAUGGCUCUCAGUUCCACUGCAUCAGAGAAACCUUCAACCCCGGAAACAGAGGGAGACAAAAAUGGUAAUCCAGAGGAAGGCCCCAGUGUUGACAUGCUGAGUGUUUCUCCAAAAGCAAAUCCAGAGCCCUCCUCUCUUCUGAAAAAGAAGCCAGCUGGUGCCAAGAAAACGCUGGGCUCUAAGAAGGCUGGUCUGGGAGCUCAAAAGGUUAGCAGCAAGAGUUUCUCAGAGGUGGAGAAGAAGGCUCUGGCUGUGGACAAGCUCAGAGAGAAAGAUGAAAACACUGCCGCUGUGAAGCAGAGCGCUCAGCCUGAUGAACCCAUUGCUCCUUCCCUGCGUCUGGCCUACAAAGAUCUUGAGGAGCAAAGGAAGAAAGAGGAGCAGAGGUUGAAGGGAUUGGAGGGGAAGAAGAAGGAGCAAGCUGAGAGACUUGGCAUGGGUCUGGGCAUCAGGAGUGGAGUGUCUCACUCAGUCAUGGCUGACAUGCACACCAUCCAGCAGGAGAGUCCAAUGGGCAUCAAGGCUAGCAAGGGGCGCCGGUAUACUGACGAAGAAGAUGAUGAAGGCUCCUUCACCUCAAGGGUCUUAUCCAGGUUUGAGGAUCAGACGGAAACUGCAGAUCAUUUCUCCUCCCGGUGGGGUGAUGCUGGAGUGGGAGGAGGCUGGAUGAAGGAGAGCAAGAAACCGGAGCCUGACUUCUACCUGACCCCCACUGUCUCGUCACUGGAUGACAGGCCCACAGCCAGACGGAAACCGGAGCCAGUCCCGUUCUCAGACACAGGAGAAGCACAGAAAAAGUUUGGAGAUGACGUGAAGGCCAUCUCCUCUGACAUGUUCUUUGGCAAUCAGGACAACUCUGAGUAUGAGGCCAAGACACGACUGGAAAGAUUUGCUGGGAGCUCUUCUAUAAGCUCAGCAGACCUGUUUGAAGACCCAAAGAAACAGAGUGCGAGUUCGUACCGCCUGAGCAAUGUGCUGCCCAGUGCUCCAGAUAUGUCCCAGCUCAAACUUGGUGUCCGUUCAGUGGCUGGAAAACUGUCCGUCAUGGCCAGCGGGGUAGUCAGCACGAUUCAGGAUCACUACAGCUCUUGAGUGACUGUGGAUCCCCACUUAGGGUCACCUUCUGUAGUCCUCAGUUGAAGAGUCGGAUCAGUUUCCCUGUGAACAAUGGCUUCUCAUCCAGGGAGAGCAGUGACGAGAAAGAUGACCCACAAUGCUGUUGACAAAGUGCACCACUACAGCAACACAAAUUCUAAACAAAACUAGUAUGCAUCUAUAUCAGAGUUUUGUAUUAAUGGAUAUAUUGUAGCUAUAUGUACAUACAAUCGCUGUUGACCGAAGCACAAUGGAAGCACAGUGGAAUUAUGUUCCCCUGCAGGAAUCCUGAAGGAAAAUUUUUGUGUAUAGUAAGGUUGUCAAGAACAGUCAGAUUACAGUGGAUUGUUUAGUUAGCUUUUGCUUUGAAGUCUUGGGGUUUGAAUAUUUAGAAUUAUGUAGCAAACUUAGAAGUUUCGGGGGUAAUUAAGGUGUUAUGAAGGAUGGGGUUUGUUUAUGGUUGAUUUGUUUGUUUGAUGAUGGGCAAAGCAAGGGAGAACGACAAGGAUUGGUGUUUAAUUGGUUUACAAAAACUUUGUCUGUUAUGACCUUUACUCCAGCCCAUUCAUCACAUGCACCUUGUAGUGUUGUCUUGCACUUUUUUUCUCACAUUCCCAGAGGGUUUUGAAGUGUCCUUUCCGUCCCCAAAGUGCACUUAUAUCUACUCCUCUACACACAGGACCAAAACAAAAAAACACACAAUAACGAGGCCUUAGGGGACCAGUGGUUUCUUUUCUCAUUUGAGCAUAUUAUCACUGAUGUAGAUUGGCAUUGGUGUCAUUGUGACAGUCAAGCUUCCUUUGUUUGACCACAUUGCCAAAGCCGUUUUUGUAAGCCCAUGCCUCUGUAGCUCAAGAGUAAGAUGACAAGGAGCGUAAGCAGCUAGCAAAUUCUUAGUAAUAAGAAGCAGCCGUUAUGGUGACCAACUUCAAAUCAGUAGUCAUAGCACUAGAAAAAUUUGAGGCAAGUCAGUUGCACUAUUUGUUAAAUGAAAUUUAUUCUUAAUCUAUAUGCUUGUCAGACACUUUAGGACUCUGUACUGAAGAGUAUGGUAUACUGUAUGGGGUUGCCUCACAUAUAGUUCAGGUUAGAAUUUGAGGAGGCUUCUCUGAGGUUAUGAGUAAUGUAGCUGGCUUUUGCUGGCAUUUAUAUGUUCGAACAUCUAGGGGUGAGCUCCCAGAUUGAAUAAACUUUGUGUACAUCAUUUAAUGCCAUAUACACAUUGUUUUUGAUGGCUAAGACUUUGUGAUGUAAACUCUUUGGAACUUUCAGACCCCAAUCUAAGCUGAGGUAUGUCCUCAUAUUCCAAGCUGGUUUACAUGGAAUAUGAAACAAAUCCCGUAAAAGAUUCAAAGUUCAUUAAAAAUGUUUGUUGCUGUAACAUACCGACAGCCCUCAUAUCAAAGUGUUGGAUCAUGUCCUGAGUGCAGUCAAAUGAAAAUCAACAAAGGCAAUAGUGGAGCAGACAAUAAUGCUAUAGGUUGUUCUCUACUGUGAUUUUUUUGCUAGAAUUUUGAGCAAUAAGAAAGCAUGUGGGCACCUAAGUUAGUUUAGCAUGGAGUAUUUCUGGCUUGGGCUUUAACCUUUGAUGUAAUGACCAGCUAUGGGACUACUUUUGAAUCCAGAUUAGACACUUGAAAAUUAAAUGACAAUUUCAUGCCUUUUAUGCUAGUCAAGAGAGCAUACUCAGAAGUACUGGUCCCUUUGAAAUGUUAAAAAAAAUUAAAGCAUCAUUUAUCAUUCUGCAAUUUCUGUAUCAUUCAGUAACCAAAUAUUUAUUUAAUCCAUUACUGUAUGCCUUAGUCCAAAGAACUCUGAUUCACACAUCCUAAAUGCAAUAUCGUGGAGUGAUGUAGUUACAUUUUUUUCUCAUAGAAUUUGUUAGUGAUUGCAUGUGGCAGCUUUUGCUUGAAUGUACUGUACUGCAAACUUUGCCUCUGAAUUGACCAUGCGUCUACCUUUAGACAUAAGCUUCAAUGAGGUCUUUGUAAGAUUGUUCUGUCUGACUCGUCCUCUGUUGUUUGCUGUUUUGGAUAUUGUGAAAUGUUACCUAGAAAAAUAGCAACCUGUGUAAUUUGCAUGGCCCCUGUAGUAUUAGGACACAUGCUCACACAACCUGAAUAUGAGAUUGCAUAUGGUUACAGAGCCCAUUCAUCAGCCUAAAUAAACAUGGGCCAACAGAAUUCUUCCAUUAAAAACUGUAUAUUAUAUGAUCAGCUACACACAAUGUGCUAUUAGGGCUUUGGUUUACCAUUUAAGUAAAUUAUUGUUAAUCAAAAUUUUGACAAUUUUCGACGUACAUGAUGUAAUUGCCUUUUUUGAAAAAUUCUAAUGUUCACACGCCUAAUAAAUGGCCUGUGCUCAA